CGAUUGAAACCUCUUGUCCCCAACUUCAUGAACAUGACUGAUCCUUUUGACAUUUCGAAUUAUUAGGACACGCGAACGUAGGCAAAAGUUGUCCAACGUUCGCCUUUCUUAAUUAGUUAUGUCACGAAAAAAAGGGCAUGAAGAGACCGACAAACUUACCCGUAUUGCAAUCGUAAAUGCCGAUAGAUGCAAGCCAAAGAGAUGUAGGCAAGAAUGUAAAAAGAGUUGCCCUGUGGUGCGUAUGGGUAAGCUCUGUAUUGAAGUAACUCCCAAUGAUAAAAUAUGCACUAUAUCAGAGGAGUUGUGCAUCGGUUGUGGUAUUUGUGUCAAGAAAUGUCCAUUUGAUGCUAUAACCAUUAUCAAUAUUCCAUCCAACUUGGAAAAGCAUACCACGCAUCGGUAUUCAAAGAACUCAUUUAAGCUUCAUCGGUUACCAAUUCCUCGGCCCGGUGAAGUAUUGGGUCUUGUCGGUCAGAAUGGUAUCGGAAAAUCUACUGCCCUGAAGAUUCUUGCCGGCAAACAAAAACCCAAUUUGGGUAGAUAUAUGGAUCCUCCAGACUGGCAAGAAAUCCUCUCUCAUUUCCGUGGAUCUGAACUGCAGAAUUACUUUACUAAGAUCCUGGAAGAUGAUCUUAAAGCCCUGAUUAAACCUCAAUAUGUGGACCAAAUUCCUAAGGCUGUGAAAGGAACUGUUGGACAACUACUGGACAAGAAAGAUGAAAGGAAGAAUCAGCCUGAAAUUUGCAAAAUGCUUGAUUUGUCGCAUAUUCGUGAUCGUGAGAUCGCCGCACUUUCUGGAGGAGAGCUGCAGCGUUUUGCUUGUGCAAUGGUCUGCAUACAAAAUGGCGACAUUUUCAUGUUCGAUGAACCUUCCUCCUACUUGGAUGUUAAGCAGCGUUUGAAUGCUGCUCGUACUAUUCGAUCAUUGAUACAUCCUGAUAAGUUCAUCAUAGUUGUGGAGCAUGACUUGUCUGUGUUAGAUUAUUUGUCGGAUUUUAUCUGUUGUUUGUACGGUGUGCCUGGUGCUUACGGUGUAGUUACUAUGCCAUUUUCAGUUAGAGAAGGUAUUAAUAUUUUCCUUGAUGGUUUUGUUCCCACUGAGAAUAUGAGAUUCAGAACUGAAUCCCUGGUAUUUAAAGUUGCUGAGUCUGCUACAGAAGAAGAGAUAAAACGCAUGAACCAUUAUGAAUACCCAGAGAUGACAAAGAAAAUGGGUGAUUUCUUUUUGCGUGUUAUGCAAGGUGAAUUCUCUGACUCUGAGAUUCUAGUACUGCUUGGCGAAAAUGGUACUGGCAAAACAACCUUUAUUAGGAUGUUGGCUGGAAACCUUGAACCUGAUGAAGGUGCCAAUUCGCUGCCACAACUGCAUAUUAGUUACAAGCCACAGAAGAUUUCUCCCAAGUCACAGGGAAUGGUGCGGAAUUUGCUGCAUGAAAAAAUUAGGGAUGCUUACACUCAUCCUCAGUUUAUAACUGAUGUUAUGAAACCAAUGAAAAUAGAAGAAAUUAUGGACCAAGAGGUUCAGAACUUAUCUGGUGGUGAGUUGCAACGUGUAGCAUUAGUGCUUUGCCUCGGUAAACCUGCUGAAGUAUACCUUAUCGAUGAACCCUCAGCCUACCUGGACUCUGAACAACGUUUAGUCGCAGCUAAAGUCAUUAAACGAUUUAUUCUUCAUGCAAAACGGACUGGAUUUGUUGUUGAGCACGAUUUCAUAAUGGCUACGUACCUGGCGGAUAGAGUUAUUGUGUUUGAGGGUACUCCCUCAGCACACGCUACGGCCAACGCUCCACAGUCAUUGUUGAAUGGAAUGAAUAGGUUCUUGGAACUACUGGGUAUCACAUUCAGGAGAGAUCCAAACAAUUUCCGACCUAGGAUCAAUAAGCAUUCUUCUGUUAAGGAUAUUGAACAAAAGCGUGCGGGUCAAUACUUCUUCCUUGAAGACUAAAACAAUUAUAAAUAGAAUGUUAUUUAUGUAUAUUGGAGCUAUUAAUAUCGUAACGAGAGCGAUGUCACGCCAUCAUUGUAUUUCCAAUUAAAUGUAUUACUGUAAUAAAUCAGUUUUUUACAA